CUCUUCAAAGCAAACUCUCUCUCUCUCUCUCUUCUCUCUCUCGCUCGCCGAAGCAUCCGAAAUCGCUGCGCUCCAAUUUCGCUGCGAAAGCUCUCUCCGAUCGGGACGAAUUCCUGGGCCAUGUCUGCACAAUCGGCCAACGCAAUCCAAAGGAAUCAGGUUGACCUGUCGGACUUCAUAGACUGGUCCGGCGUCGAAUGCCUCAACCAGAGCGCCACCCACUCCCUCCCCAACGCCCUCAAGCAGGGUUACAGAGAAGAUGAUGGUUUGCUUCUAGAGAGUGAUGCAGAUGAACAGCUUUUAAUUUAUAUACCUUUCACCCAAGUGGUCAAAUUGUACGCUCUUGUCGUAAAAGCGUCUGAAGAGGAAGGUCCUAAGACAGUGAAGCUGUUUUCUAACAGAGAACACAUGGGUUUUAGCAAUGUCAAUGAUUUCCCUCCAAGUGACACAGCAGUUUUAUCAGAAGAUAAUCUUAAGGGAAAGCCAGUUGUCUUAAAGUAUGUCAAAUUUCAAAAUGUUCGCAGCUUGACCAUCUUUAUUGAAGACAAUCAGUCUGGUUCUGAAAUCACAAAAGUACAGAAGAUUGCGCUGCAUGGAACCACGGUGGAAACAACAGACAUGAAGGGUCUAAAGAAGGUCGAGGACCAUUGAUGUCAGAGAAAAUGAAAAUGUUGGAUAUUUUUAUAUCAAGGGGAAGCAAUGUCAUCAGUGCAAAAAUCCUCCAGUUUCUCUCGAAAUUUUGCUCGCCUUACUGAUAGAUGGAUCUACAGUGAUCAAUUGUCCUGCAUAACUUUAUAUCACUUUGUGUCAUAGAGAAGAAUCAACUUCUUUUGGCAUUGUUGUGACACCUUUAUUACAAACAUGUCUUACUGAACAGGAUCUAUUGACGAUGUGUGGUUGAAUUGAUGUUCUCUCUUGCCGAGCAACAUUUAGCGGCAUUGCUUUGGUGAAUUAAUGUUCGGUACUCAAA